AUGAAAUGUUGCCAGCGGUUUUGCUUCGAAUUCCGACGCCCCAUGUUUGAGUUGGACGAGCAACAUCCGCGGGGUGUCUUGACUCUUGAUCUGCGAGCAAGCUUUCACAUGGGACAAGGGCUCAACUCGGGGGUGGGGAUGCUCAAGUUGCUAUCAUUGGCACUCGUGGUGGCGGCCUUAGUGUAUGCGUUCCUUCAGUUUCCAGUCACGGCGUGGUUUCCUGCCUAUCUGACACCCUGGGGUGUGUUUUUCUGCACCUGGUAUUUGGCGGCCUCCCUCUUCCUUACGACCUGCAAUUAUGCAAAUCCAGAGAAUACCAAUCACUUUGAAUCAGCAAGCGUGCUAACGAAAUUUGCUUGGGUCAUGUUUUCCGUGGCAUCCGUUGUGGAGUGUUGCAUUGUGGUGGUCUAUUGGGCAUUUGAGUACGAUCCUUCGAGGCAUUCCUUGAAUCUCAACAAUUUGAACAUGCACGGGAUUUGCAUGCUCAUUGUCUUAUUGCAAGGAUUUGUAGUGGAUCGGGUUCCAGUACGAAUCAAACACAUGAUCUUUACCUUUUUUAUUGGUUGUCUCAUGUGUGGUUGGUUGGCCAUUCAAAAUGUAGCUUUGAAGUAUAAUCCAAUGCAAGACGACGAUGACGAUGCAUUGUAUGAUGUCAUGAAGUGGAGAGAAAAUCCAACGGGGGCUGCAAUUUUGUCCGUGGCGAUUUUGUUUGGUGCCAUUCCAUUGUUCACGAGUCUGCUCUGGCUGAUUUCUCUUCCCAAACGGCGGUAUUUGGAAAUUCUGGAUGGGGCCGAAGGGGUUGUGGACUACUACAAGACACAAAAUAAGAUUCGCAAGUACCUUGCUAUUUAUAUGAGGAACGAAUCAGCAUCUACACCGGUAUCAUCAAAGAAACCAGAUUUACUUCUGAUGCCUAUUGUUUUGCAACCUAAUAAUACAAUACAUUGGGUUUUUUUGUGUCCGAUCGGUUAG